AGAAAUCUGAGGAGAGUGGAGUCGCACGCCCUUCUGUACAGGCUAAUGCACCCCCUGUCCUUCCUGUCAUCCCAUCCUAAGCAUUCACGAAAAUAUAUCUGCAGUGAGAGCGAUGUUGUUAGUAUUCUGUAAAGGUUUCUCUGUGCUAUCUCGUUCGCUAUGAACUGCACCUUGAGGCCAGUUUCCACCCAACGCAAGUGCCCAGGAUACAAGAAGACUUACACGGGCUGCUGGACCUGCCGGUCUCGAAAAAUUAAGUGUGAUGAGGCGAGACCACAUUGUACACCCUGCCUCAAGGGUCGAAAAAUCUGUCCGGCUUAUGAGCAGAAGCUGGUUUGGGUUCUUGGUGAUCAAAGAACUUAUCGUCACAAUGGUAGACGCUUUCUUAGCCCUGAGGAAACCUGGAAGAAUCGUACAGUCCUGUCUUCUUCUUCGGUGGAUAGCCUUAUCGAUGCCUGCAAUGGUGCUACUUUCAGCCAUGAGACGAGGCCUGAAAUUUCUCAAUCUCCAUUCUGGGUUUUUCGUCAACAGGAAGAGGAAGUCGUGUUCGAUGAAUUGGAUAUUGUUGGCCAGCUCUAUCCUGUCGAUACUUUCGAUUCGCUGGAUGAGUUUCCGGUUACAUAUACAACUUUUGAAAGUGUGUUUGCGCAACUUCCACCCGAUCAUUGCUCUCUACCAGAAGCCUCUUCCCUGUCAAGGAAUCUUGUAACAUUCAAUCACAUACCCGCCGAUAUAUCAUCCUUGAGUAUUCUUAAGACUCCACGAGCCGAAAAUCGACUGGUGGAAAAGAACUCAUUCCUGUUGAAUUACUACAUUCACCAUGUAGUUCCCCUGCUUGUUCCGGUGCACUCCUCUCAAAACCCCUGGGCCAGGUAUCCAGGUGUUGCCUUGUAUAAGAGCUUUAACGAUGGCCAGAACCAACUGUUGCACGCGCUCAUGUCACUAGCGGCGGUGCGUAUUGGCAACGUGGGUGGAGCAGAAUCAGACAUGUCAGCAGUUGGGAUGAAUCUAUAUUCGUGUGCGAUGUCCGAGCUUCGAAGUAGUCUCACUGACGAUACCGCGGAUUGCUUGUACCAUCUGAUGACGAUAAUGACCUUUUUGCUCAUCGAGCUGUUCCAAGGAAACUCUAAGACUUGGCGAUAUCACUUGUCCGCCGCCUGGAAGUUACUUAGACGGCAUAGAUCUUCCCCAACUUUGACCAAAUCUGGAGACGGUUGGUACAUUAUGCAAAGUUUUCAUCUACUGAGAGUCAAAUACGAGACAAGUCUGUCUUCGACACAUGAGAAUCCUUUCCUAGAUGACGCAACCUACAAUCUGGACGAUGCGACGUCUUUGGAACUUCUACUUGAUACUCCUCUCUUUGGAUGGACUCUAGGAGCUUCACCCUCUGUGAUAGAGUGCAUCUCCGAGAUCAAUAAACACUGUCAAUUCAGCUCACAGAUGGAGUCAUUUACACAUGCAGCUUCUACAUCUCUGAAACUGAGUCGCAUGUUAAUGGAAGAUGAUAACGUCCAGCAAUGGAGCACGGACCCGGAAGUGCUUCAGGAGGGACGAACACUAUCAUCUUUAUGCAAUGAUGCAGAGUCUCGGCGUUUGCAUCUCCGAGCAUUCAAAGCUGCAGUCAUUAUUUAUUAUCAUCAAACGUUUUACGAAGCUGUACCGGGAAAAUUGGCAAUUUAUGCGUCUCAAGUUUUCGACUGUAUUGAAGCUUUUGUUGACAUCUCCGGAGGUAAUUACACGCUAUGGCCUUUGUUCAUCGCCGGUGUUGAGGCCUACAUGGAUGUGCACAAGUCCAAAUUCAUGACAUUAUUUGAGAGCGCAUCGAAGGUUGGUAUGGGCAACAGAGUGAAGGUCAAGGCUCUGAUCGAACGGAUCUGGGAGAUUAGAGCUUGCACUGCCAUUGAGACCGGACAUAAGGAAGAAGAAAUCCAUGUCAAUUGGAAAAGGGUCAAGCAAGACAUGGGGAUAGAUGUACUUUUAGUUUAGACACUUAUGCGUAAAGUCAACAGCGGUUUGAAAAAUGGUG